CGCGGCGGGAGGCCGGGCCGAGCUGAGCGAGCCUGAGGCGGCGGGAGCGGGAGCGGGAGCGGGGCGCUGCGGCGGCGACCUAGAAGCACUUGAAAUGUACAGGACGAAGGAUUAUUUUCUUUGACUCUGGAUGGAAUCUGUCUAUGAAACUGACCUUUCUGGAUUUAAAAAAAUAUGACCUUUUAAGGAACUGGUUCUGCAUGGGUGGACCUUUAUGCUCACCUGGAAACCCAGUGAAGUCGACGAAGCACUGUACAAAAGCCUGGAUAUAUUUGAAUUCAAGAGUGGAGCCUAAAUAAGUAGUAACUAUUAUUAUUCCUGUUUCACAGUUGGAAAAAUUAAGAUACACAGAGACUGAAUUAUCUAAAACCUCACAGCAAGAACUGGGAUUAAAACCCAGGACUGUUCUUCUGCCUUGUAUUUAGGUUGCUAGAGCAGGUAUGUCUUGGAAGCCUCUGAAGCUGCCUCUUCAAAUCCAUUUCUUCAAAGGACAGAGCACACCAGCAUUAUAUAACUCAUAGGCCUGGAAAAUGGCUGUGGAAAUUCCAAAAGAGACAGGGAUAUGGAGGCAAACCAAAGCUCUCUUAUUCAAGAACUAUCUUGUUAAAUGCAGGACGAAAAAGAGCAGUGUACAGGAAAUCCUGUUUCCACUAUUCUUUUUAUUUUGGCUAAUAUUAAUGAGCAUGAUGCAUCCUAAUAGAAAAUAUGGCGCGGUGCCUGAUGCAGAUCUUGGUUCUCUAGACACUUCCAUGCUUGUGAAUUUCGUUCUUGGAUAUACCCCAGUGACCAAUAUGACAAGAAGGAUCAUGCAGAAAGUGGAUUCUGAUUUCUUUGCAGAUGGCAUAAUUACAGAGGAAUAUUUAAGUGAAGAAGAAUUACAAGAUGCUAGCAUGUUUAAAUCAUCAAACUUUGUGGGCAUAGUUUUCAAAGAUUCCAUGUCCUACCAGCUUAGAUUUCCUAAUGCUGUCACGAUGUCUUCCAUUUACAUGGAAUCAAGAGCCAGUUGUUCCAGUUCAUUGAACAGAUGUGAAUCCGUUGAAUACUGGCGUUCAGGAUUUGUAGCUCUACAAGCUUGCAUUGAUGCUGCAAUAAUUCAGCUGAAGACUAAUCAUUCAGUCAGGGAACAACUGGAAUUAACAAAAGCUGUUGUUAUGGGAGAGGCUGCGGUUAUGGAAAUAGACCACUUUCCCCGUGCAAUCAUUUUAAUUUACCUAGUAAUAGCCUUUUCUCCCUUCGGGUACUAUUUGGCAAUUCACAUCGUGGCAGAAAAAGAGAGGAAGUUGAAGGAAUUUUUAAAAAUACUGGGACUUCAUGACACUGCCUUUUGGCUUUCCUGGGUUCUGUUAUACACAACCUUGAUUUUUGUCAUGUCCAUUCUUAUGGCAGUCAUUGCAACAGCCUCUUCGCUAUUUCCCCUGAGUAGUUCCUUUGUGAUAUUUCUUCUGUUUUUCCUGUAUGGAAUAUCCUCAGUGUUCUUUGCUUUUAUGCUGACUCCUCUUUUCAGAAAAUCAAAACAUGUGGGUAUCGUUGAAUUCUUAGCAACACUGGCUUUAGGUUUUGUGGGUCUUAACAUUGUAUUAUUAGAGGAUUUUCCAAAGGCUUUUGUAUGGAUUGUGAGCCCAUUCUGUCAGUGUACAUUCCUGAUUGGCAUUGCCCAGGUUAUGCAUCUGGAAGAUUAUGAUGAUGGUGCACUGUUUUCAAAUCUAACUCAUGGUCCUUAUCCGCUUGUUAUUUCUCUCAUUUUACUGGUACUGGACAGCAUGCUUUACGUGCUUCUUGCUGUCUACCUUGAUCAGGUCAUUCCAGGUGAGUUUGGAUUGCGGCGAACAUCGCUAUUCUUUAUGAAACCCUCAUUUUGGUCAAAGCGCAGAAGAAAUUACAAGGAGUUAUAUGAGAGUACUAUUAAUGGAAGCCUAAAUUUCAGUGAGAUGGUUGAACCGGUAUCCCCUGAAUUUCAGGGAAAAGAAGCUAUCAGAAUCAACUCCGUUCAGAAAACUUUCAGAAAAAAAGGUGAAACUGUGGAGGCUCUCAGAAGUCUAUCAUUUGAUAUAUAUGAGGGUCAGAUUACAGCAUUACUUGGACAUAGUGGAACGGGAAAAACAACACUGAUGAACAUUCUUUGUGGACUUUGUCCACCUUCUGAUGGGUUUGCAUCUGUUUAUGGAUACAGAGUCUCUGAAAUUGAUGAAAUGCUGGAAGUAAGAAAGAUUACUGGUGUCUGCCCACAAUUAGAUAUACAUUUUGACAUUUUAACAGUGGAAGAAAAUUUAUCUAUAUUUGCUUCAAUAAAAGGAAUACCUCCCAACGAUUUGAUACAAGAGGUGCAGAAAGUACUGUUAGAUUUGGAUAUGCAGCCUAUCAAGGACAACCAAGCUAAAAAAUUAAGUGGAGGGCAGAAAAGAAAACUGUCUGUAGGCAUUGCUGUUCUUGGGAAUCCCAAGGUUUUACUCUUGGAUGAACCAACUGCUGGCAUGGACCCAUGUUCACGGCAUGUAAUUUGGAAUCUCCUGAAAAAUCGAAAGGCUAAUCACGUAACAGUGUUCAGUACACACUUCAUGGAUGAAGCAGAUAUUCUUGCUGAUCGAAAAGCUGUGAUUUCUCAAGGGAUGCUGAAAUGCCUAGGCUCGUCUCUCUUUCUUAAAAGCAAGUGGGGUAUUGGGUACCGGUUGAGCAUGCAUAUAGAUGCCUAUUGUAAUAUAGAAGCUACAACCUCCUUGAUCAGACAGCAUAUACCAGGAGCCAGUCUGAUGCAACAAAACGAAGAGCAACUGGUGUACACCUUACCUUUUAGAGACAUGGACAAGUUCUCAGGAUUAUUUUCUGAUCUAGACACUCAUUCACAUUUGGGUGUUAUUACAUAUGGAGUUUCCAUGACAACCUUGGAGGAUGUGUUCCUGAAGCUAGAAGUUGAAGCAGAAAUUGAUCAGGCAGAUUAUAGUGUAUUUAAUUCUCAGCAAGCACAGGAGGAAAUAGAUGCAAAAUCACUUGAUGAGAUGGAGCAAAGCCUACUGGUACUCUCUGAGACAAAAUCCUCCAUAGAGAGCAAUGUAGCCCUUUGGAAACAGCAGGUGUCUACAAUAGCCAGGGUUCACUUCCUCAGUUUAAGACGUGAGAAUAAGUCAGUGAGAGUUAUGUUGUUGCUUUUCUUAGUUUUCCUUGUAGUUCAAAUUUUUAUGUUUUUCAUUCGUCACUACUUGAAAAAUGCUGUAGUUCCUCUCAGACUCUCCCCAGAUAUGUACUUGUUGAAACCUGGACAACAAUCUCACAAGUACAAAACAAGUCUCCUCCUUCAGAAUGCCACAGGAUCAGAUAUUGAUGAUAUCAUCAGCUCUCUUGGGAGCCUUAACAUACUGACUGAGGUAUUCAAUAGCAGUGAUUAUGUGUCAGCAGCUCCGCAUACAGCAGCUUUAAACAUAUAUAAUUCAGGAAAGAAUUACAUAUUUGCUGCUGUAUUUAACAGUAGUAUGGUGCAUUCCCUCCCUGUUUUGAUGAAUGUCAUUAGCAACCUGGUUCUCCGCGACUUAAAUGUGACUGAGAGCAUUCAGAUAUGGAGCAACCCAUUCAUUCAAGAAACUGUUGAUGCAGUGUUCAAACUAGAACUUUACUUUGAAGCCGUGUUGCUAGGAAUCAUUGUAACUGGAAUUCCACCAUAUUUUGCGAUGGACAAUGCAGAAAACCAAAAGAUCAAAGCCUACACUCAGCUUAAGAUAUCGGGCCUUUACCCAUCUGCUUACUGGACUGGACAAGCAAUCAUUGAUCUGCCUUUAUUUUUCUUUAUUCUUGGCUUAAUGAUAGGAAGCUUAUUUGCGUUUCAUUAUGGUGUUUAUUUCUAUGUCGGGAAGUUCCUUGCUGUGAUCUUCUGUCUUAUUGGCUAUGCACCUUCAGUUGUGCUGUUCACAUACGUGGUUUCUUUCACAUUUAAAAAAAUUCAAAAUACUAGAGAAUUUUGGUCAUUUAUUUUUUCAGUGGCAGCUUUGGUUUGCACCGUUGUCACUGAAGUGGCUUUCUUCAUGGGCUACUAUACUGUAACCACUGUUCUUCAUUAUAUCUUCUCCAUUUUCAUUCCAAUCUACCCUCUUAUUGGAUGCUUGAUUUCUUUUAUAAAGGUCUCAUGGAAAGACCAGCGAAAGAACGAAGAAUACCAUAAUCCAGGGAACAGACUCGUGAUAGCAGUUGUAGCACCUUAUUUGCAGUGCAUACUUUGGCUGCUACUUCUGCGAUAUCUUGAGGUGAAGAAUGGAGGUAGAUCAGUAAGAAAAGACCCAUUUUUCAGAAAUUAUUUUACAGAGGGUAAAAUCUGGAAGGUUCCAGAGGUACCACAUGAUGAAAAUGAGGAUGAAGAUGUAAAGGCUGAGAGGUUGCGAGUCAAAGAAAUUCUAACCAGUCAAAACUGUGAGGAGAAGCCAGCAAUUUUGGUCAGCAGUUUGCAUAAAGAAUAUGACGAAAGGAAAGAUUUUCUUCUUAGAAGAAACAUAAAGAAGGUCGCGACUAAGCAUGUCUCUUUUUGUGUAAAAAAAGGAGAAAUCCUGGGAUUGUUGGGGCCCAAUGGAGCAGGGAAAAGCACGGUGAUUAACAUGCUGGUUGGAGAUGUUGAACCAACUGCUGGCCAGGUGCUGAUGGGAGAUGAUUCUUUUGGACCGAACGGUGAAGCGGAUUUGAUUAAAUUUGUGGGAUACUGUCCUCAAAUAAAUCCACUUUGGCCAGAUGUUACGUUGCAGGAGCAUUUUGAGAUUUAUGGAGCUAUCAAAGGAAUGAGUAAAAGUGAUGUGAAAGAAGUAAUAAAACGUAUUGCAAGUGCUCUAGAUUUGAAAGAGCAUCUACAGAAAACAACGAAGAAGCUUGGAGUGGGAGUUAAACGUAAGUUAUGUUUUGCACUAAGUAUGCUGGGUAAUCCCCAGAUUACGUUGCUAGACGAGCCAUCUACUGGAAUGGAUCCCAAGGCCAAACAGCACAUGUGGAGGGCAAUUAGAGCAGCAUUUAAAGGCAAAGAGAGAGCAGCUAUUCUGACCACUCAUUAUAUGGAGGAGGCUGAUGCUGUAUGCGAUAGAGUAGCAAUCCUGAUUUCAGGGCAGUUAAGGUGUAUUGGUACAGUUCAGCAUCUGAAGAGUAAAUUUGGCAGAGGGUACUUCUUGGAAAUGAAAUUAAAAGACACUGCAGGAGUUCACCAGAUGGAGAUGCUUCAAAGGCAGAUUUUACACAUCUUCCCAAAUGCAAGUCGGCAGGAAAGUUUUUCCUCCAUUUUAGCAUUUAGAAUACCAAAAGAAGAUGUACAGUCACUUUCACACUCCUUCUCUAAACUGGAGGAAGCAAAACAUGCUUUCAAUGUUGAGGAGUACAGCUUUUCUCAAGCCACACUGGAACAGGUUUUUGUGGAGCUUGCCAAAGAGCAAGAGGAGGAAGAUAACAGUUUGGGAACCUUAAACAGCACGCUCUGGUGGGAAAGAACACAAGAAGAUAGAGUCAUUUUUUGAACUCUUGAGCAUUAUAGGAUUUAAUUGAUUUACUGUUCAUACCUUUUCACAUGUGCUGAGCACAAAAACAAGUGGAAGUGUGGAAAAAAAAUCAGAUUUAGGAGGGAAAAAAUGUAGAUUUGGAAACAGUGACACUCCAGUUUUCACCUUCCUGGCCUUUAGAGAUCAUUAUAAAAGGGGAUGAAUUCAUUUUGAGGACUGACAUUGCAAGUUUCAAACUCCUCAUCCAUCAUCAUUCUGUUCUCUCUUUUGAACUGGGAGUGGUAGAUGACAGUCUAUUUCUUCAUAAUUUCCUGUCGAUUCUGGUUAGUUUGUCCUCUAUUUUCCUAGUAAUUCAACUCAUGAGCUGGCUCAGCCAGUUGGCAUGUUACAUUGCUGUCAAGUGUGGUUAUUAUCCAGAUUUUGAGUUUUGUCCAAUGUAAUGACUUCUGCACUGCUUAGCUUCUUUUCGAAAGAUACCUCAGAAGUUUGGGACCCCACAAGUCAUGAGUGCGAGCACUAGAAAAGGGGGCUGGCCAAGCAUGUAAAGCAUGGCAGAUGCAGGCAAAAGUGCAGUGGAAAUUAGUGACAUGUCUUGACUUAAGCAUCUACAUCUGUGCAUUUACUUCAAGCUAUGGACAGAAAUUACACAUGAACUGGUAUAAGUGAUCUGAAACUGAUUUAAAUCUGUAACACAACAGAAGCUCAGUGGACAUAAACGGCUUUCAAAAUGGCCGAAACUGGCGUAAGAUAAACCUGGAUGGAAGUCAGACUUAACUGAUUUAGGUUAAAUCAGUUUAUUGAACGUCUGUCCCAGAUCCCCUCCAGAUACAAGUUAAUUCACAGUCCCCCAGCAUCCCAUGAUGCUUUGCACCUCCCCUGCAACCCUCCCUGCUUGCAGGGUAGACAAGCUACAUGGUCUGCUCCAGCAGAACAGGAAGACAUGCUCUAGCACCCUGCACCUACCCCAGCUUCCGGCCUGAGCCGUUGCAGGCAUGUGACUGCAUUUCCAGAAUCAAAAGUAAAUGUCUGUUCACUUGCUUAUCAGUUCAGUAUAGACAGCUUAGACUAACCUGCGAAGACUGAAUCGAUUCAGCCUCGGGCUUUUUGACCUUCUGUACUUAGCAUUAAGGCCUGUCAAAUUCAGGGCCUUAAUUGCUUGACAGAACACCUGUAAACUUUGUCACCUCCGGGUAAAGUUCCUUAUAAACUACAUUGCAGUGCUAAAUUUGAGCUACUAAAAAUUUAGCUACUAAAAUUAAUUAUAUAAGAUGAUGCUGAUUAGUUCAAUAUAAAUUAUUUGAAUGCUACUGAAUACUGGCCAUGUCUAUAUGAGAUGCUUACUGUGUAGUGUCUCGUUACUAAUGCGUAGUGGUGUCACCGGACACGAGCCAUGAUGCGAUGCUGCUGCACAGUAGUAACAAGCUAUUGUGCAUUAGUAACAAGCUGCUGCUCAGCAAGAGUCACUAGGCAACUGCUGGGACACUACUACGCAAUAAUGCCAGUUACUGCACAGUCAUUUAAUACUCUGGUAUGCAAGUACUAAAUGACUGCGCAGUGACAACUGCACAGUGGGUGUCUCAUGUAGACAUGCCCACUGACCCCUAAAAGUCUGAAUGAUAAGCUGAUUUACAAAUCCUUAUUUUACUCCUUGGAAAACCAGAUCUCAGGUCAAAUUUCCUUAUCCAAAAUAAUCUGUCUGGCAAAACAAAACAGCGUCAAUAGGACAAGGACCCAGUUGUGCUUGGCACUGUGCAAGCUUGAAACCAUGCUAUCUGUCUGAGCUAAAUCCUACUUUUUCCGAUUGUUCUUUGCCCCCUUUGGGGCUAGUACAUCUCCAGCUGAUUACUAAUCACAUGAUCUACAGUAUAAGAUGACAGGCACAGCUAUCACUUAACAAAAAGCUUGCUUAAAAGAGGCCAUUUUGCUUUGAAGUCACAAAAAUAUUGUACUCAUCACUAAACAGGGCAUAAAUAAUAUAGCAAAUUUAUCUUGGUAUCCAGUCAACGUAAACAUGUUCACAUAUCAAUACAAUAUGGCAUGUGAUUACUGUUAUGUAUCUAUUUAUUGCAAAUUGGCAGGUGUAAUUUGAGUUGUGUUACUUUAUCGGAGUGCAUAAACAUUUAUAAUGCAUGUGUGUGUGUGUGUAAGUUUAAAUGGGGUUUGCAAGGUCAGAUAGGCUCUUUUUGCUUCGUAAAACUGAAGAUAAAAUAUCUUUAUGGUUCUUGAAGAAAUGUGAACGUUUCUAGUUACGGUUGUUUAAAGCAGCAUAACUAGUUAUUUUUAUUGGCUUCCAACUUCACAUGUUCUAUCACAUAUUCAAGAGGUAAUUAUUUAAAUGUGGUAACUUUUUAAUAGUGAAUUUACAGGGGCACGCACCAGUAUUUUCUAAUCUAUCUUUGUUGCAAUAGUAAUGACGCAACAGGAUUGUCCGUAACUUUCUUAUUAGUAAUUCUCGUACUUUCCCAAACCUGAAAGAAUAAGCUCUAAAUACAUAGUCUUGUCACUCAUAAUGAUACUUUUCUUUAGUGUCUUGCAAAUUCUUUUCUGAUAAGAGCAGGCAUGUAGUUCAUCUUUAGCUGCAGGAGGAAACAUUCAUCUUAUUUUGUGACAUUAAAUCUAAAGAUUGUUGAAAAUAUCACAAUGCAUUGUUGUGUAAUUCAGUUUCAUAAUCUACAACUCUAAUUUUAAACAACAUUUAUCAUUAUAGAAUCAUGAAUUGAAAUUCAUUUCAUAUAAACUUGUAUUGUCUACACAUCUGAAGACACUAGCUACGUGAAGUUGUAUCAAUUAUUCAUGGUUAUAUCAAGAUUAGAAAAUACCUAUCUUUUUUCAUUCCGUAUGUGUCCAGACUUAAAAUUAUGAUAUUACCUGUGAUUUAGAUUCCCCACCCCCCACGCUCCCACAAUUGUUGGGCAAUAAGUCAUGUAUUGCUUGUGCAAAAUUGAUGACAUUUUUAAAGGCCUAGUCGCAUAUUGGUAUCAAUGCCGAUCUUGUAAUUGAAUCCAGUAUGAGCAGGGAUUAACCUCUAUGUGUACGUUUUUUGCCUCUUUCUUUGUAACUCUAGUAUCGCUUAUGUGGAUUUUGCCACGGAUGCCACUUGGAUCUUUGUCCUGCAUGGUACUGAGAUGCAUUUACUCAGGGAGAGUGGAGGGCUUUCAGUACCUUACAGGACCUACUCUGCAGCCAGUCUAUCUCUCUGGAUACGUGGAGAUGUAACAUAAUGUAACCUACUGUAAAACUCUGUUUUAUUUUGAAGAAAAAUGCAAGUGCUGAAUUGAUUGCACAGACAUGCAGGCUCUAAUUCCAGUAGCAGUCUCAGAGUGAAGCUUUCCUGUGGAAAAGCUGGGCCAAAUCUGGCACUUAUCUCGGUGUGAUCCUACUGGUAUAUUUUAUUUAACAUUUAUAUUGUGGUAGCACAAAAAGGCCAACCAGAAUUAGGGCCCACUGCUGGAGGUUGUACAGACGUAUCAUAAAUGAGGGUCCAUACCGUAAGGAGUCUCCCAUUGACUGCGGUCAGUUGACUGAGUUGUGCUGAUGUGACAAAGAGCCACAUUUUAAUCAGUUUUAAUUAGAGGAAAGUUCCACUGUGGUUAUAAUAAGGGUGGAGUUGAAAAUAAGCACCAGAUCUUAUGGAUUCUUGUAUGCAUUAUCUUCUUUGCCUAUUUUACUCCUUUGUUUCCUGUACAGCUGUGUAACAUCCCAUCUACUGGCAUCCAUUGCAUUUUAUCUCCAAGUUUGUAACUGCUAACAUUAUAUUCAGACCUUUACACUUGGUAACUCAGGAGCCCAGUAAGUCAUAGACACCUUUCUACUGAUCUCAAUGUACAUUAAAUAUGGCUCAUACCUCUUAUAUUCCGUCAUUUCAGCAAACCAUGAGGAAUAAGCUCUAUGUCCUGUUGAUUAGAUAACACACAACAGUUAUGCUUUGCAUCUGACCAACAUGCCUUCUACCUUUUGCUUUUCAUAUCACCCUAAAGUUAUUUUAUGUAGUAAGUUUUAAUUCUAUUUUUCUAUCUGUAGGGUUCUAAUACUUUUCAUAGAUUUCAUAGACGUUAGAGUUUGAAGGGACUUCGAAGAUUGUCAAGUCCAGGCCCCUUCACUGUGAUGGUCUUGAUUACUGUCAGGAAUUUGUAGCUGGUGUUUCAUUUCUUUCAUGUUCACCAUACAUCACUUUUGGAAUAGAACAGAUGUCCUUUACUCUUUGGUAUGGCCCCAUUUCAACAUAUGUCAGCUGUCAGUAGCUAACAUAAAAGCUUCAGGAAAAAAUACUUUCCUGAACCAAGUGAAAAAUUAAAGCAUUAUUGAAUCUCUCCAAAGAAUCAUAGGUGAGAGGUUUGGGGGAGGGCAUUUCUGGGCCAUUAACCUGUUGUUUUGCCCUUGGGACUAAUCUGAAAUUUGUCUUCCAAGGAGCAAGUUAUUUUCUCUUAGACUAUGGAGGUCAAAUUCCAUUGUCUGCCUGUCUGUCUUUAAUCUGUGUGACUUAAUCUUGACUAUCAUAUUUCUCUGAGUUUUGGUAUUUUUUUUUUUUUUCAAACAACAAAGUACCCCAAAUUGUAGGAGUCCUUGUUGACUUCAUUUUUUGCUCAAUCUCUAAAUUCAUGUUCCUAUUGUCAUUUCCAUCUACCAGCUGUGUUCACAAUUAUUCCAACAAGGUACAGCCUGUUAAUUAAUGUGCAUUUUCUAUUUCCUUCUUAAUUUAGGACAGUCUCUGUACCUAGUUUUGAUCUUUCUGUUAUGUUUGACACCACUCAUCAAUUGGAUUCUCUUUCAUUUAUACUGGCUGUGAAUCUACUGUCUGCCAAACCAUUUUGUAGUCUCAUAGCAUUUCUAGCCAGAUAUUAUUGAUGUAUCUUUUCCAAUAGGUUCCUGUUUUCUAACAGGUUCAUCAUUAUCUAACUUUUCUAUUGGGACCAUUUUAAAAGCUUUACUAAAAUCUAGAUAUAUUCUGCCCAGUACUGCUUACAAUAGAAUUAACCCUGUUUGUGGCCACUUGGUAUUUAAAAAGAUAAGUGAGCAUAAAUUAGACCCGGAGAGUCCACUGCAUCCUUGGCUUUGUGUUUCAUAUUGUUUGAACAUUACACAAAAUGUUGAUCAAAGACAUCCCAAGUUCUUUCAUAUCUUAGAAAGAGUGCACCAGAUUGGUGCAGCAGGCCUCUUAGCUUACAAGAAUGGAGAAGCAAAAAAAUAAUAAUUCAAAGAUCAAAUAGAUUGAAAUAAGUUGGUACAAUUGAUACCAACAAAGCUUUGCGGACAAAACCUUACAUUUGAGCCCUGUGUUCUGUUUUAUUAUAUUUUUUCAUGCUAUUUAGGAACUAUAAAUAAUAAAUGGAACCCAAACUGUAUAUAACUGAGAGACAUUUUGACUUGGAGGAUCACUAGGAUUGGGAGUGGGGUAGAUUCUUGCUCAAGUUGUCACCCAGGAAUUUAACCUCUUUAUGCCACAGCUUUUCCCAACUGUAAAACGGGUCUAAUCAUUCCUGCCUACUUCGCAGGGGUGUAGUGAGGAUUAAUUAAUGCAUAUGAAAACCUUAAAGAUAAAUUUACUUAAAUAGUAGUAGUAUAUGGAUGUAUUUUUGUAUGGGAUAUUUAAUAACUCAGUUUUUGCUCACAUUAUCAUGAGAAAUCCAUAUUUUUAAAAUGGCGUUAUACAGUUAAGUAUAGCCUAUUAACUAUCUGAUGCAUGCUAUGGUCUUUAGGACUGGCAUACAAGAUACAUUUUAUCUAAAUGUUAGCAUUCUUUUAAUACUCAUCCCAAUAUGACAGCCAUGUACUUGAUGAGGUAUUUAUGAUUAAUUUUAUACAUGGAUAGUUUUCUUUUAUCACUUUUCUGUAUCUGUAAAGUGACCAGAAAUUAUUUUUUCUUUUUUCCAGAAGAAAGUGCUAUUGAAAUAAAGAUGGAUUGGAUUGUUCAUA